GACAUUUAGCUAAGACCUCCCUGAAAAUCAUGUUUGUAUGAGUGGAGCAUCCUCAUUAAAGAUCAUUACUUCUCCUCCCCUGCCCCGACCCUGAUUCUCAUUUCGCUGGAAAUGUGUAAGAAAUCUGAAUGAAUUCUUAUUCCUUCCAAGAAACCAGAAGAAAUCCCCAGACAGCGCGGAAGGUUACAUUUCAUCUAAUUUUCUUUUCACCAGUGACCUAUGACGAGCAAGAUGGAUCUCUCAGCAGUUGCUUGUCCAACGAGAGAAUCUAUGGCCCUGGAUUGCCGGAUGUAAUUUCCUUUCCACAAGUACCCUCUCUCGAACCAGGAGAAUCUUUCUGCAGCGCCUUGUUCAACGAUCCAAAGAGUAAGUUCAUCCGCAAUCUGGCAAAGGAAUCCACGUUUAUCCAGGGAAUGGUUAAAGGAUCACUUGACCCUAAUGUCUUUGGCGGCUACAUGGUGCAGGAUGCUGCUUAUUGCUUCAAUGCAGUGGAUUCUUUCGAACGAGCUGCUGAGAAGAUGCAAGAAGUUGGCAAACCUGAAUUCUCUUUACUCUACAGGACCCAAUCAGAGAGUUUCAAACGCUACAACCAGGAUUUUCUACAAACAUGGCGGCUUCGAAAUUCAGACAGCGUGGCUAUGGGGCCGGCUGCAGCAACGUACGUGGGAUAUGAACGAGCCUUGAGCCAAAACGAUCCCAAGAUUCAGUCGACAAGAACAACCCAUAUUACGUCUGGUUUAAAAACAACAAGCCAAGCCCGGGCCACAAAAGCCACCUGGAAAGGUUCGUAGAUCACUUCUUUGUCCAAGUAGAACCUGAGGAACAGCAGAAGUGCUUUUCCAUUUUUCAAGAAGGUUUGGUUAACGAGCUGAAUUUCUUCCGCAGUGCCUGCAAUCAAACCCUGUUUUACUACUCGUCCUUCCAGG